AUGAGUCGUCAGACCACCCUCGCCACGGCUUCCAAGAGCGGCAGCAGCGGCGGAGCCAGCCAGACCUUCAGCGGACGCUCGGCCGUGGUGACCAGUAGCUCCACUCGGGCCUCCGGCGCCCUCUCGACGUCUGCCACCCGCUCCGGAGGAGGGGGCAUCAGCAGCGGGAUGUCGGCCUGCGCCGCCUACGGUGGCAUGGGAGGGGGCUUCGGCAGCCGGAGCCUCUACAGUCUGGGGGGCAACAAGAAGAUCUCCAUCAGCGUGGCCGGGGGCAGCGUGGCCGGGGGCAGCGUGGCCGGGGGCGGCUUCGGUGGGGGCCGGUGCGGCGGCCGGGGCAUGGGCGGAGCCGUCGGGGGCUUCGGCGGAGGCUUCGGAGGAGGCUUCGGCGGAGGGGCCGGGGGUUUCGGCGGAGGCUUCGGCGGAGGGGCCGGGGGCUUCGGUGGCGGCGCCGGGGGCUUCAGGGGGCCCGGCGGCUUCGGUGGCCCCGGAGGCUUCGGUGGCCCCGGGGGCUUCCCCGCCGGCAUCCAGGAGGUGACCGUCAACCAGAGCCUCCUGCAGCCGAUGAACGUAGAGGUCGAUCCGCAGUUCAGCGCCGUGAAGACGCAGGAGAAGGAUCAGAUCAAGACUUUGAAUAACAAGUUCGCCACCUUCAUCGACAAGGUGCGAUUCCUGGAGCAGCAGAACAAGGUGCUGGAGACCAAGUGGGAGCUCCUGCAGAAGCAUGGAGGCAAUUCCAAGACGGGCACCACCAGCCUGGACCCGCUCUUCCAGGCCUAUAUCAGCAGCCUGCAGUCCCACUACAACGGGCUGCUCAGCGAGAAGGGCCGCUUGGAGAGCGAGCUGACCACCAUGGAAGAGCUGGUCGAGGACUUCAAGAAGAAGUACGAAGACGAAAUCAACAAACGCACGGCCGCCGAGAACGAGUUUGUGGUCCUGAAGAAGGACGUGGACGCUGCCUAUAUGACCAAGGUGGACCUGGAGUCCAAGGUGCAGAGCCUGACGGAUGAGAUCCACUUCCUCAAAACCCUCUACGAUGCUGAGCUGUCCCAGGUGCAUUCGGAGACCAGCGACACGUCGGUGGUCCUGUCCAUGGACAACAACCGCUGCCUGGACCUGGACAGCAUCAUCGCCGAGGUCAAGGCCCAGUACGAGGAGAUCGCCCAGCGCAGCAAGGCCGAGGCCGAGGCCCUGUACAAGACCAAGCUCGGGGAGCUGGAGAGCACGGCCGGUCGCCAUGGAGACGACCUGAAGAGCACCAAGAGCGAGAUCUCCGAGCUGAACCGCAUGAUCCAGCGGCUGCGGGCCGAGAUCGAGAGCGUCAAGAAGCAGAACACCAACCUGCAGACGGCCAUCGCCGAUGCCGAGCAGCGCGGGGAGGUGGCACUCAAGGAUGCCAAUGACAAGCUGGUGGAGCUCAAGAAUGCCCUGCAGAAGGCUAAGGAUGACCUGGCUCGGCUGCUGAGGGAUUACCAGGAGCUGAUGAGCGUCAAACUGUCUCUGGACAUUGAAAUCGCCACCUACAGGACCCUGCUGGAAGGAGAGGAAUUUAGGAUGUCCGGAGAAUGCCAGAAUGAAGUCAGCAUUGCGGUGGUCAGCAGCAGCAGCAGCAGCAGCGUCAUGGCCGGAGGGGCCGGAGGGGCCGGAGGGGCUGGGGCCCGGAUCCGAGGCGGGGUCUCCGGGGGCAUUAGCAGCACCCUGAGCGGAGGAGGGAGCCGCGUGAGCAGCAGCGUGAGCGGAGGAAGCAGCCGGGCAGUGGGAGGUGGCCUGUCCAGCAGCGGAAUGACCAGCGGCGGCGGGUCUAGGGCCGUCGGAGGGGCCGUCGGAGGGGCCAGUAGCUCCAGCCGCACCCUUUUCUGCUACCAGACCGGCGUCUGGCGAAACCUGCGGGUCAGUUGCCUCCUGCGGACUCCACCCUCGCUCACUCUCAGGGGGAAUUUCUUCCUGCUUUAA